CAUACAGUGCUGGAGUGGAGAGUUGAGCAGCAUGGAUGGUACGGAGAAAUGGGCAGAAAUAGAGAGAGCAGCGUCGGAAAAGAGACGGGAGCUAGUUUUACAAGGUUCUGUCAUCGAAAAGAUAGGGUGUGCGGGAGGCCUCAGCCCUGCCGUCUAUUCCCUCACACUGCUGAACUACCUGGAGGUGAGCCAGUGCCCCAGUCUGACACACAUCCACCAGGACAUCCGGCAGCUCACCAACCUCCAGAGCCUCAUCCUCUGCAGGAACAAGCUCUCCCGUGUCCCCGAGGCCGUCGGAAGCUUGAGGUUCUUGAAGGUCCUGGAUCUUUCAGUCAACAACCUGCGGCUUUUACCGGAAGGAAUCACCCAUCUGAGGGAGCUCAAGACUCUCAAUGUGAGCUGUAACAGCCUGGAGGUCCUGCCAGAAGGACUGAGGCCGCUGCUCCAAGCUCUGCACCAUCACAUGUCCAAGAACCUCCUCAGCAGCUUCCCCCCUGACCUCUGUUCAGAGGCGCUGGAGCUGCUCAGCACCCUGGAGGCCUCGGACAACUGCAUAGAAGAGCUGAGUGCAGAUGUGAGCAAGCUACCUGCUCUGAAGGUACUGGACUUGUCCAACAACAAGCUCCAUGAGCUCCCCCCAAGCCUGAGCGACUGCCCCAAACUAAAGGAGAUCAAUUUCAAAGGCAACAAGCUAAGUGACAAGCGCCUGGAGAAGAUGGUCAGCGGCUGCCAGACCAAAUCCAUCCUGGACUACCUUCGAGGAAAAGCCCGACAAGCAGAGGAGGGAGGCAAGGCGGACGGAGGGCGCGCUGCAGACAAGAAGAAGAAGCAGCAGCAGAAGAAGAAGAGGGACAAGGUGGCAGAUGAACAGGAAGAGGUGGAGGAGCUGAACAAGAUGGUUGUGAGGGUCCUCCAUGUUUCAGAAGCUCCCACAGCGCUCACAGUCCAAGUGAGCGCAGAGGUGAAGGAUGUUCGGCCUUACUUGGUGUGCUGUGUGGUUCGGGGCAUGAACCUUAAGCCUGGGAAUGCUCUGAAACGGUUCCUGAUGGCUCAGACACAGCUUCAUGAAGACAUUUGUGGUAAAAGAACCACUGCAACCAUUGCGACUCACGAUGUGGAGCUUCUCAAAGGUCCCCUGACUUACAGCGUUAAACCACCAACCCAGCUGAAGAUCGUGCCACUUGGUCGGAAGGAAAUGUCGGCAGUGGAGUUGAUGAGACACCUUCAGCUGGAGGCCAGUGAGCUAAGGAAGCAGAAGAAGAGGCAGAACGUUACUGGACUUCACAAAUACCUGCAACUUCUCCAGGGGAAAGACCUCUAUCCCUGCCUAGUGGAUGCAGAAGGUCAUGUGAUCUCAUUCCCACCAAUCACCAACAGUGAGAAAACUAAGAUCAGGAAGACCACCAAAGAGCUGUUCUUGGAGGUGACCAGUUCAACAAGCCUGCAGAUCUGUAAAGAUGUCAUGGACACUCUGAUUGUGAAAAUGGCGGAGUUGAACAAGUUCACGGCAGAGAAUCAGGAGGAGGCAGGCUCAGACAGGGAAGGGGAUGGUGCCCCUGAGCCCGAGGGUGGCCACGCCUCCAGCGAACUGAUAGUCCAGCAGGUCCGGACAGUUGACCAGGAUGGAAACCUGAAGGUCGUCUACCCAUCGAAGACCGAUCUCACCAAAGACAUCAGCAACUUGAUGGUUGUCUGGUAGUGGAGUUGGAUCUGUACGUUCAUUCACAUGAAGUCAGCUGAAGGAAGUCAUAUCUUUGCAUUUUUGUCACAUGAAAACAAACUAAUCAGCCACUGAGUCAGUCAGUCAGUUCAGGGAGCAGUGAGAUGAACAUUUCAGCUUUGAAAACCCAUAUAGGCUCCUAUUUUAAUAAAUCAUUUUACAUUAUCUAUGUGAUUUAAAAAAAAAAAAAAAAAAAACUGGGCAAAAAUUGUGUAUUUCCAUUAUUUCAACUCCAUUGAUUGGUCAGUUAUUUAGUUAAACUCACUCUGUAGAGCGGAUAGAUUUGUACGACUUAACCCUUUAAACUGCAGCAAAUAAUGGCCAAGUCAGGCCCUGUUUAAAUGACAAAGGCUUUGUUGUAUGUCAGCCUCCUGUUUACCCAGAAAUGUCAUUUUAGAUUACCUAAACUGGAAACUUUUGAAUACUGCCUCCAGUGGAACAGCCGUUUUCGUCAUGUCAACAGGAAAGACAGACUUUUCAGAUGUCACAUACUUUUGUUUUCAGAUGAAACGUGUAAACAGGACCUCUGCCUGAAUAAAGUUCAUUUCUGUUAUUUCAUAUGAAAUGUGACUUUUUUUGUAGGUUUAAUUGUUCACUUUGUUCUUGCACAUUCAGUGAUUUUGGUGGUCCUGGGUAUCUGCGUCUACAUCUAACAAAAAUAAAACUAAAGCAACA